AGCGCUGGCGUUGGAAGGACAGGGACAUUCAUUGCUCUCCAUAACAUCCUGAGUCAAGCUAAAGAGACUGGAUCUGUAGAUUUUUACAAAACUUUGGUCAAACUAAGAGAAGAUAGAUUUCUUAUGAUUCAAACCCCAGACCAGUAUAUAUUUCUGCACAAAGCUGCGCAAGCCGCCAUAGUUUCCAUGGGAACCACCGUGAUUUUCAAUGACAGUAAAACCAGAAUGCAACAUUUACUAACAAAAUCGAUUUCCGGAAUGUCAAAUAUGGAAAAAGAAUUUCAGAAUAUUUGUGCCAUAUGUCAAAACGAAUCAAACCCAAAAACCAAUUCUGAAGCUAUUUAUCAGAAUACUGAGAAUGUAAAAGUAGUCGAUACCAAAAAUAGAUUCGAAUCUAUCAUUCCAAAAAAUUGUUACAGGCCGUACUUAGGCAGCGAUUCCAAAGAAUUUGAUGACUACAUAAAUGCAGUUUUUGUACAGGGCUUUUAUAAGAAAGAUCAACAAAUCUUAACUCAGCUCCCAAUGCCUUCAACUCUCAUUGAUUUCUUCAGACUGGUCACUCAGCAUAGAGUAUCACUCAUUGUGGCUUUUGAAGUGGACAAAAGGAGCACUGACCAGACAAUAGCUAACUAUUUGCCGAGCCAAGAUAAGCCAAUCACUGCUUCACCUUUUAGCAUCCGAUCUAUGGGCAUAAAGGGAGACAAUAUGUGGGAAGAACAUACAAUCAAAGUUAUCAAUGAAAACACUAAAGCGGAACACGACGUCAUUCAUUUGAAAUGUAAAGUCCAUGACCCUGAUGCAAGGAGGCUACUUUCCCUGGUUAACAAGUCCAGGUCUUAUAACGCACUCGCCAAUGGGAGAAUUAUUUAUACCUGCAGGGACGGUGCGACCUACAGUGGACUGGCCUGUGUUUUAUCUCUUCUGCUGGACAGAAUUGACCAUGACACCUGUCUGGCCAUCCCUCUGGUUGUAGGUAGUGUCAAGUCAAUAAGACCACAAGUGAUCUCAACUUUUGAACAUUACGUCAUGCUGCACGAGGCUCUACAGAGUUACAAUGACACCUCAGCAGCCUACAAUAACAUGGAGGAGAAUUUCUUUCCAAGAUUUUCUAGCCUCAAGAACAAAGACGUGGAUGAAUCUCAGGCCCAAGAAGGCAAUGUUUACAGCAAUAUGUAAACUAGUGGAAACCUUUUUUAUUACAGAUAUCUUUUUGAUAAGAUGAAAUCAUACAUAU